GUCAGCACAGGAAAUUACGUCAUGUGUGCUACCUUCAAAGCUGGUCGCCGGUGUGUCGAAGCCUAUGAAGUUGUCAGCAGAAAAUAACGAUUAUUGGCACAAAGUAUUGUAAAAAUGUCUUUAAAUACCAUGUGUCUCAACGCGGUCAGUGAACAUUUUCAUGUUUUGGGGACAACAGCGAUACUUGGUCUUCCCAAGAAACUUCUAAAGGAUCUUCUUCCCUAUUUGGAUGUGAUCCAGCUGGAUGAGCUUCAAGCGGGCCUCAACCUCAAAGUCUGUGGCCCUCAGUGGAUAAAGUUUGGACACCCCCGGGAUAAGCGGUAGAAAAUGGACAACCUCACACUAUUGCAUCAGCACACUCUCUUCAUGUUUCCUCCCAGGAAUAUCCACGCUGUCUUCAUGGGUGGAACUCUCCCGGCGAUUGCAAGGCAGAGGCAAAAAGUCCCAGGAUCACACGGAGCAAGGCGUGAAACAAGCGGUCAUGGAGCAGAUAUUUGCCGCGGUCAUCAACGACUGCCACCUUUCUGCCACUGUUUGGAAGCAUUUAAACACCUCAACCUUGUUGCUGGCGGCAGCUAAAAGCGUCAACUCCCUGACACUGUCCUCCGAGCACAGCUUUAAGGUCAACUUGAUAGCGAAAGAGACGGCCGUUCUCAGCGUUCUAGAGAAGACGGUGACUAAACUCACAUUGUGGUUGGGGAAGACUGUGCCCAGGGAGAAGGAGGAAGUACUGAUGGGCAUCAUCCAUCGCCUGGUGCAGCACGGCGUCACCAAACAUGUCAUUCUACGCACCUGUGAAGACAGACUCUUAUCUAAAGUGCUCUUGGCUGGAGGAUGUCUGAGCAGGGAACACACAGAAGAAGAAGACGAUGAUGAAGAAGGCCCCCCGGCAAAGAAGAACAAAUCCGAUUUUGCUGAAAAAAUGCAAACAUGCGCCGAGUGUCCAAAAAGAGUCCUUGAACAUCUGAAGUUGGCGGACUGUUCACCAAGUCUGACGGACACACUUCCAUCCUGCUCCAACCUGUCGUCCGUGACGCUGCACAGCGAAUCGCCCAUCAGUGUGGAGUUCUUGGAUCGCAUGGUGGUGGCGCUGGAGAAGUUGUCCCGACGCUCCCACGCUUCCCUCAAACGUCUGGCCAUCUUCUCGGUGAUCUGCCCGUCACUGCUGGACGUCCUCCAGCACGCCUGCCCCUGCCGGACCCAGCUCAAAAUGGACUUCGAGGCCUUCGCCGGGCAAAACCCGUGCCUCACCAGAGACUUGACUGACCUUUGGCUGAAGUGCCUGUCAAUCACGCUGGACGGGCAGCAGACCUCGCCCACUUUUCUCCUGCCCGUGCUGAGACGCUGCCCCCGCCUACUCAGGCUUCACGUGCAAGCCAUGCACCUGCGGAGCGGAUUCUCUCACAGGAACCUCCUCGCCACGCUGUCAGAGUGUAAUGUCCGCCUGACAUGUCUCCAUCUUGACGACCUCAACAUGUCUGACUGUCUGCACCAGAUCAUAGACGUGGUGGAGGCGUGCAAGCUGGAAGAGCUCUGCCUCCACGACUGCCGCCUCCUGGAGCAGCAGAGCAAUAAGCAGGAGUCUUUGCGGCUCCUGGUCCACACCCUGAAGGUGGCACCAUCCCUGCGCAAGCUCACCUUGUCUCAGAACCGCCUCGCCUGCGACGUGCACGUGCUGGCGGAACUCUUCUCUGGACCCACGCCGAGCUCGGUGGAGCACCUGGAUGUUCGACUCAACUUCAUCAAGCCCAAUGACCUCAUGCGCUUGGCUGAGGCCAUGACAGCAUCUCCCCCUCCACGCGGUCUCACCCUGGACCUCAGGGGUAACCCGAGUGACCAUGAUCUAGACAAAUGGAACGCUGCCCUGGACAAGCUCCGCCCACUCUGCCACCCAGUGACCAACAAGUGGGAGUUCAUCCACCCCAUGGCCGACUACAUCAGCAACAUGUAAAGCAGGACUCUCAAUAAAUAAGAACUUUGUCCUCGCACAGACACGGCAACACAUCUUCCUCAAUGCCUCUGGACCAGGGGUGACCAUUACGAGCAUUAAAGAAAUCCAUCUUGUUUUAAAGACACAAUCACCACACCUUUUUA